CCUCGGCAAUCACGCGACUAAGGCGACCAGAACGGGAGACAAUCGAACGAUAAAGUGAGCAGCAAGAAGAGCAGAAAGCGGCGCAGAAGCAGGAUCAGGUGUUGGCCUUGCUUUGUUCCCUCCAAAGAAGCACAACAAUGUCGUCGAAAUCAAUCGAAGCUGUUGGAACAGCGGCGGCUGAUGGGCAACGGAAGAGCGCGUCCCACGUCAAGGCUGAAAAGGCAGAUGCGCCAAGACCGGUGAAGAGAGUCAAACAGCAGCAGCAGCAGCUCGAGGCUCCUCCUUCAGUCUCUCCACCAGCUUCCAUGGAAAGAAAAGAGAGCGUGGACGAGGCAUUCGGUGACGAAGACGGUGAUAUCGAAGAUGAAGACGAGGAAAUGGAAGAGGACGACGAAGAGGACGAUGACGACGAGGCUGGCCCUGGUCGAGCAGGCAGCCAGCCAGCGGGCUCACAGGCAACAUCAGCAACUGGCAAGGCACCUAGCAAGAAGUCUAGGGACGAGAAGAAGAUCUCGUGUCUGCCCUGUCGCGAAGCAAAGAUCAAAUGCACCAUCCCAAGGGGAGCUCAGCAGUGUGAACGUUGUCAGCGCUCAGGAAAAGAUUGCGUGUUCAAGACACACAAGCGCGGCAGACGGCCAGGCAAAAUGCGCCAGCAGCAGGCCAAUCGUCGAUGGGAGCAGGCAGUCAAAAUCUUCGAGGAUCUCAAAAAGAUUACGACUGAACUCGGGGACGACAAGGCCUUGAGACUUGUUCAGAUCAUCCGAUCUAACAUUAUCAACAGCAAUGCCAUCCCCGAACCGAUUGCCAAGCUCAUCGACCUGGACAACGAGGAGAGGAGGCUGAUUCAAAUUAUCGAAUCUCGCAAGGAGAAUCUCGGAGGUCCACAUUCGAGCGAGGCGAUGAUGUAUGCAGCUUCGCCAGGCCGAAGCGGCGCCAAAAGAAAAUGGAGUGAACAUCAGAGCUCUUCUACUCACGUUCUACCCCAUUACCACCAACAACAGCUGCAGCUGAACCACCAACAACAGUCGAGAUCAGAUAGGGAGAGGAGUGACCAACGGGUCAUGGUCAAGAAGGAGGGAGGCACCCCGUUGUUUGAGAAUACGGUGACGAGAGGCUUUCUCGGCAUUCCAAAGAGCGAGGCAGAGACGUCUCUCAUGGUCGAUCUCGAGGACGAAGCGAGCGUUUCCGAGGUACCCGCCCACAUCAGCUCUUCCAGCAACCCGUUGAAGCUUCUGGCCCACGCCAGCGUCACAAGGACCAACAAUGGCCCACCACGAUCACACGCAGGCGAGGACAGUGCCGCUGGUGCCGGUUCUCACAGGGACACGGACCAUAAUGCACUGCCCAGAGGACUCGAUGGGCAAGAAUCGGAAAUGUCGACCCAUUUUCCCCGUCGAGGGGUUGCAGGUGGAUCCGUUCCCUCCCAAACCGCUCGCCGUCGCGCCGCACAAGACUUUGCCGACAAGCGUAACUUCAAGGGAAGUACCUUCCAGCCGGUGUACGAUCAUGAUCCAAAGUACGACCCAAUCACGCGCGGUCGCAUGACGUUGAAUCAAGCGUCGAAGUUGAUCGACUUCUUCUACGACCACUUCUCAAACUUCAUCUUCGUCUUUGACCGACAGCUUUCGGACCUUACUUACAUUCGCAAACAUUCCUGCUUUCUCCUCACCGUCAUGUGCGCCUUUGCCGCCUUUUACCAUCCUGACGAAGAGCACCGCGCGUUACAUCCGGGACUCACGGAGUGGUACGAAGGCCUAUUGCCGGCUAUGCUUAGCGGUGGCUUCAAGAGCGUUGAGAUUUCGCAAGCCUGCUACGUCCUAGCAUCAUUUGAACCUUUCGUCAAUGGCGCUGCGAGCGACAAGUCAUUCCUUCUCCUCGGCACAGCGAUCCGCAUGGCCGGCGAGCUUGGCUGUAAUUUGCGCAUGUAUAGCUACCACUUGCCAAAAGCCUUCCGACAACAGACGCCCGAGUCGAUGACGAAGCACCGUCAGCUCAAAAACACGGAGCGAUUGUGGCUGUCUUUGUGGCUGUUCGAGAGGACGUUACAUCUCAUGACGGGCCAGUCGCUCUCUCUGAACGAAGACGGUCCCACGGCUGUCUGUCUUUUCUGGCAUCGCAAGCCGCUUUCAUGCCCACAAGAUGGCGCAAUCGUUGGUCUCAUCGAACUUCGACGUAUUGUGGCUCAAAGGCAGUGCUACUACGAGGAGGAGCUUCGGCAUCCUCUCAGUGAGUUCUUGAAGCGCUACACCGUCAAGAAGAGGGAAGACGACGUACAGGUAUCUGCAAUGACCCGUGACGAGCGCGAUCGUCUGGAGGAUGUGAAGAUCCGCUACACUACUUUUCGAGAUCGAGCGAUCGACAGCCUCAGAAAUUGGCGCAAGCUUUGGAUCGGUUGGUCCGUCGAAGAUAGCGAUGAUGAGAGCUCUGUCAAUACGACGACGACAAAGACGCCACUCGAGGCCACUGGCGAGCUUCACUACUACAUCGCCGUACUCCUCACCCUCUCGUUACCACUCAAAGAUUCCGAGAAGGUCACUCCGUACUUUCUGCAGGAUUCGUUCCGCGAUUGUUUCGAUGCCAGUCUGCAGCUCUUAACGCUGUUCCGCACGUACAGAGGUAUGGAGUUCAUGAGCAACAACAUGAUCAUCAGUGCCACGUACUCGUGCAUCUUCGCUCUGGACCUCGCCUUUGGCGGGAGAGCCGAUUUUCCACUGCCGCGGUCUCACAAGCCCGAGGACAUCCAGGACCAGUGCCAGGAGCUGGGGGUAAAGCUGAAGCAAGCGGGCGAAAAGUGCAUUAAUAGCCUACAGAGUGCUGCCUGGCAAUGCGGCCAUUAUAUCGAGACCACAUUGGCGAGGAUAAGGGCAAAGCACGGCGAGGGCGAGGUCAAAUCGAGCAAACGCGCGUCGACAAGGGACCGGAACGCAAAUCCCUCUGCGCCUCCCUCAAGUUCCUCGGCGUUGGCGUCAACUUCGAUUCCCUCAUUGGAUGGCUUUCUGAUGGACGGCUACCCAGGUCCUCCAGGAGGUGGCAGAGGCAGCGGCAAUAGACAGCGACCGCAGAGCCACGAGAGUGCCUGGCUUGGUGCCUUAUCGACCAGCAUGGCCCAAGAAAGCAGCGCUGCCGUUGCGGCUGCUGCAGCUGUCUUUGGUGCGGCACCAGGUGGAAAUAUGGUGGGGUCUUAUGAUUCAUCGACGUACGGUCAUUCCUCCACGCUUCCCAAUGAACAACGCCAGCCCAUGAGCCAUGCCGAUAACAGCAGCCGGUCCGUCGACUACCAGGCCGAGCAUCAUCCACACGUGUAUUCCCUGCAGCAAGUUCCUGAACGAUUUGCCGACGCGCAGCCCUCAUCUCUUCUGACGCCCUCGUCAAAUGGCAACAGCAACCAGCAGCGUUCCGUUGACAGCAUCUUCGAUCUCACGGACCUGGGCCUGGGCGGUAGCGGCAUGGAGCUUGGCGGGCAUGGCUCUGGUGGAGGAUCGUCAGGCCUAGGCUUCGACGCAAGGGCCGACGACGGACAAUUUGUUCCUGUCCUCAGCCAACUCAACGCCAUGUCGUUCUUCAUUAACGGGUCAGGCCAGGGACAGCAGUAUCCUGCAGAAGCCCUGACGCCGCAGCAGCAUCUUCAGCACCAUCACAAUCAACAAUCGUAGCAAUAAGCUUUGUAAAAAAAGACCCUCUCUGGCUCUUCAUUCUUAUCUGCAUUCCUUACAUCUACUUAGUCCUAUAAGUCAUCAUUCCCACUCUUUUCGUCACCCUUGUACAGCAUUGUUCGCUACCCUCUCUCCUACCGUCUUCUGUUAUUGAUGUUUCACCGCCACCAAAUUUUUUCUCCUCCCGACAACGUUG